AUGUCUCGUCGUCUCCUCCUCCUCAACGGCCCCAACCUCAAUCUCUUGGGCACCAGGGAACCUCACCUUUAUGGAUCAACAACUCUGAAAGACGUCGAAAAUGAUGCGAUCAACCAAGCAUCAGGUCUCUCAGCCACAAUCGAGACUUUCCAGGCCAACUCGGAGGGCGCCAUAGUGGAUCGCAUUCACGAAGCGCGCGGAAACAUUGAUGCCAUCAUCAUCAACGCGGGCGCAUACACGCAUACGAGCGUCGCCAUUCGAGAUGCUCUAGUCGGAGUGAACAUUCCGUUUGUUGAAGUUCACGUCACCAACGUCCAUGCCAGAGAGAAGUUUAGACAUCACAGUUAUUUGUGCGACAAGGCGGAGGCAGUCAUUUGCGGGUUGGGUGUUUUUGGGUACACGGCUGCGAUUGAGUAUGCAGCAAAGCAUUUGAAGUUGAGAACAAAGUUAUAA